AUGGAGUCUUUCGACCAUGCCUGGCACACAGCCGCCGACGCCCUCAGGCACGACUACCGGUCCUCCGAACAGCAAUGGACCCAGCACGGCGAGGAGCCAAUCGCCGGAAUCCAAGGCAGAGGAACCGCUACUGAUCCUUACGAUGCUGGAAACCGUCUUGACCAACCCGGCGCUCCUCAAACCCAAGAGAACACAGCUCUCGUCCCUGAGGCUCUUUCAUCGAUUACUCCAGCCGACCACUCCUCGAGUCUCAAGUCCAGCAACAGCAAGGCAGCAAGUGGCCCAGCCGCUAUGCAACCCGAGUUGAACCCCAUCGGCGAAACCGCCGCAAAGUACGAUUCCCAGCCACACCGAGUCCCGGAACAGAGGAGCCUGGGAUCCAACCUUGACCGUCACAGCCAGCCUUCAGGUCUCACCCACGGCCACAGUGAUAAGACUACUGGACUUAACCAGGGUUCCUUGGCUGGUGCUGGCGCUGGCGCUACUGCUGCUACUGCUGCCUUUGGUGCCGGAUCUGGACACAAGAUUUCCACAGGUGGUCUCGGAGACGCAACAGCCGCCCAGACAUCUGCUCUCCCAUCUGAUUCCCACCAACAUGGUCUCAGACACACGGGUACUCUUGGAGGUGCAACUUCCGCUCAGACCUCAGCUCUCGGAGCAGACACUACUCACCCAACUGGCCUGAGACACCCCUCUACUCAGAAGUCCGGUCUAGACAGGGGCGUCGAGACAUCUGGUCUUGGACACACCACCUCCAGCACCGGUCAGACCUCCCCUAUGAAGUCGGCCCUGGAGAAAGACGCCCAGGAAACUGGUCUCAGACAGCCAGCUUCUACGACCCACAAGCCUGUUUUCGAAAAAGACACACACACCUCCUCAGGUCUAGAAGGACCCCGGAACCUGGGCCCUACAACUAGUUACGGAGGAAGUGAGACUCAGAUACCCGACCGGUCUUCCCAGGCCAUCGGUACUGGCAUCGAGGCCAGACAGCCCAGCUCCGGCAUUACAAAGGAACCAACCAGUACCGAAGCCAGACAUCCCAGCACUGGCACCGCUGAAUCCGCGCCCCAGAAAUCUAAGUCUAUCACCGAGCAACGAACCUCAAGCACGACAGCGGAGGGCCAAGGCAGCACUCAGAAGGAGUCUAUGUCUAAGCCUACUAAGAAGGGCGAUGAUGUCGAGCAAGUCGGUUUCACCCCUAAGACUGACCAUGUGAGCAAGGAGGCUCUUCGUGGGCCCUCCGUUGCUGAGCCCAGAGAGCACUGGAAGCAGGAUGAGAAGGUUGCUAGGGCUGAGGAUGACGGUAAGCCUGCUGCGGCAGCUGGUGAGCCUGGCGGUAGCAACAAGCAUGAAUCUUCAGACAAGAAGCAUUCUAAGGAUAGUUCUCAUUCGGGGGGCACUAUGGCUCAUAUUAAGGAGAAGGUGGAAAAGGUCAUUCAUCCCCAUAAGUCCUAA